UGAGGGGGCAGCGGCGGCGGGCAGCCGGAGCGCGAUGGCGGCCGAGCGGGGCCGCUGGCGGCAGCAGUACCUGGACGCGCAAGGGCGGCGGAGGCGGCGGCAGCAGCACCAGCGACGCCUCGUGCUCCAGGCCGGGCUGAGGCGGCGGCCGAGCGGGGCGGGCCGGGCCUGGCGCGGCGGCAGGGGGUGCUGAGGGGCCUCAGGCCUGCCGGGCGCCAUGAGCCAGGGCAGCGGCGGCGGCGGCGGCGGCGAGCCGGAGGCCAAAGCCCUCCACACCAAGAGGCUCUACCGAGCUGUGGUUGAAGCAGUGCAUCGAUUGGAUCUCAUUCUUGGAAACAAGGCAGCUUAUCAAGAAGUAUUUAAGCCGGAGAACAUCAGCCUGAGAAACAAGCUCCGCGAACUGUGUGUAAAGCUGAUGUUCCUGCACCCUGUGGACUAUGGGAGGAAAGCAGAGGAACUGCUGUGGCGGAAAGUUUACUAUGAAGUCAUCCAGCUGAUUAAAACAAAUAAAAAGCACAUUCACAGUCGUAGCACCCUAGAGUGCGCUUACCGUACUCACCUGAUUGCGGGCAUCGGGUUUUACCAGCACUUGCUGCUCUACAUUCAGUCUCACUAUCAGCUGGAGUUGCAGUGUUGCAUUGACUGGACCCACGUUACAGAUCCCCUGAUAGGUUGCAAGAAGCCAGUCUCUGCAUCAGAGAAGGAGAUGGACUGGGCUCAUAUAGCCUGCCACCGGUGCCUGGUUUAUCUGGGGGACUUAGCUCGAUACCAGAAUGAGUUGGCAGGUGUAGACACAGAACUGCUGGCUGAGAGGUUUUACUAUCAAGCCCUUUCUGUCGCACCACAAAUUGGAAUGCCUUUUAACCAGCUUGGGACCCUGGCUGGGAGUAAAUACUACAAUGUGGAAGCUACGUAUUGCUACUUGCGCUGCAUCCAGUCUGAAGUGUCCUUUGAAGGUGCUUACGGAAAUCUCAAGCGCCUCUAUGACAAGGCGGCCAAAAUGUACCAUCAGCUGAAGAAAUGUGAGACUCGGAAGCUGUCGUCAAGCAAGAAGAGGUGCAAAGACAUUAAAAGGUUACUGGUGAGCUUCAUGUAUUUACAGAGCCUCUUUCAGCCAAAGAGUAGCUCUGCCGACUCGGAGCUGACGUCUCUCUGCCAGUCAGUCCUGGAAGAUUUCAACCUCUGCCUUUUCUAUCUGCCCUCUUCACCCCACACGAGCUCCACCAACGAGGAGGAGGAGGAGUGGGAGAGCAGCUGCUCCUUCCUGCCGGACUUGCUCAUCUUCCGCAUGAUCGUCAUCUGCCUGAUGAGCGUUCACAGCCUCAAGAGGGCAGGCUCCAAACAGUACAGUGCAGCCAUUGCGUUCACCCUGGCCCUCUUUUCACACCUGAUUAACCACGUCAACAUCCGCCUCCAGGCCGAACUGGAAGAAGGGGAGAACCCGGUUCCCGCCUUCCAGAACGACGGCCCCGAGGAUCAGGAGGCCCAGGAAUUGGCAAACUCUGUCGAGAGAGAAGUGGAAGCUGACUCAGCCGGCCCACGCGCCCCAGGGGAGCCGCGGCAGGGCGAGAGCCCCAAGGGCAAGAAGUACUCCCGCCUGUCCUGCCUCCGCCGCCGCCGCCGCACCCAGAAGCUGGACGAGAGCGACCUGAGCGAGGGCUUUGACUCCGAUUCCAGCCCAGGUUCCGCCAAAGGGAGCGGUGGCUCUGAGACGGGCUCCGAGAAGAGUGACGGGGCGGCGGAGGCCGCGUUCGACGUGGAGACCGAUUCGGACAUGAACAGCCAGGAGUCCCGCUCGGAUCUGGAGGACAUGGAGGAGGUCGUGGCGGAGGGCGGGCGGCCCGGGGGAGUCAAGAACGGAACCGGGGGUGCCUCGGACUUUGUGGCGGGCGAGGGGGGGCGGCUGCCGGACACGAAGAGCCCCGGCGUCGCCAAGCCCGAGCCUCUGGAGCCCGUGGCCAACGGGCCAGGCUCCUUGGGCAGCAGCGAGGCCAGCAUUGCCAGCAACCUCCAGGCCCUGUCCACGCAGCUCUUCCAGACCAGGCGCUGCUUCCGGCUGGCCCCCACGUUCAGCAACGUCCUGCUCAAGCCGGGCUGCGGGCCGCCCGCCCCGAAGGAGGCAGCAGGGGACAGCAGGCCUUGCGUCAACGGGGACGUGGAGAGGUCUGCUGUGUCCGAGCCAGACGAUGUUUCUGAGUCGGAAGACAGCAUCUCCAGCAGCAGAUCCUGCCGGAACGAGCGUUCUCUCCAGGAGAAGCUGGAAAUUAUAAGCAGCGAAGGGUUGCUGCCGACGGUCAAGGUAUUUCUGGACUGGCUGAGAACAAACACCGACCUCAUCAUCAUGUGCGCACAGAGUUCCCAGAGUUUAUGGAAUAGACUUUCAGUCCUACUGAACCUGCUUCCUUCGGCUGGAGACCUGCAAGAUUCAGGGAUGUUUCUCUGCAACGAGGUGAAGAGCCUGUUGCCGGGCUGCGAACUCCCCGACUCGAGCGCUUGCUUGCUUCUCCCAGAAGACGUGGCCCUCCGCAACCUUCCCCCCUUGAGGAGCGCGCACAGGAAGUUUAACUUCGAGCAGGACCGGCCCGUCCUUACAGAAGUGGAGGAGUCCGUGGUUCGCAUCUGUUGUAUUCGAAGCUUCGGCCACUUCAUCGCCCACUUGCAAGGCAGCAUCCUGCAGUACAACUCCGAGGUUGGGAUCUUCAUCAGCAUUGCGCAGUCGGAGCAGGACGGCUUGCUCCAGCAGGCCCAGGCCCAGUUCCGCAUGGCUGCUGAGGAAGCCCGCCGGAACCGGCUGAUGCGAGACAUGGCCCAGCUUCGGCUGCAGCUGGAGGUGUCACAGUUGGAAGGCAGUCUCCAGCAGCCCAAAGCUCAGUGUGUGAUGUCCCCCUAUCUGGUCCCGGACACCCAGGCCCUCUGCCAGCAUCUGGGCCCCGUCAGGCAGCUGGCCGCCAGCGGGAGGUUCAUCGUCAUCAUCCCCCGGACAGUCAUCGAUGGCUUAGACUUCCUGAAGAAGGAGAACGCAGGAGCUCGUGAUAGCAUCCGAUACUUGGAAGCAGAAUUUAAGAAGGGAAACAGGUACAUUCGCUGUCAGAAGGAAGUUGGAAAAAGUUUCGAGAGGCAUAAGCUGAAGAGGCAAGAUCUGGAUGCUUGGAACCUCUAUAAGAUCUUGGACAGCUGUAAGCAGCUAACAGCCUCCCAAGGAGGCAGCGAAGACGACACGGCUGGCAUGGUGACCGUCAUCACCGGCUUCCAGCUCGAUGAUCCCAGCAAACUUUCUGCUCCCAUGCAGUCUGCAAUCCAAGCAGCGGCCAGCGCCAGCAUUGAAAUCCAAAACGUUCUGGAAUUCUACAAGCAGUGGAAGGAGAUGGGCUGAGGGGCAGAGGGCACCGGGUUGGUUGAAGCUCUGUCUCCCCGUCUCUUGGCGCACAACACUGGAAGGAAGGAUGUCAAACCGCAGGCGAUAUUUGGACACGACGCGACCGCCGCUGCCUUAGCAGCAACCCACAAAAAGGAGCGAUCGGGGGUGUGCGCCGAAACACAGGCGUGUGCGCGCGCACACCCACGCACCUGCCCCGCCAUCACCUCCCCUCCCGCAGAGGAGGUGGCAUGCGUGGGGACGUCACAGCCCCUCUGAGAAGAGAGGCGCAUCCUGGCCAAGCCGAGGAGAGACGGCGGGUGGGAGGGGCUCCGUUCUAAAUGCUUGCUUGUUUCUUGUUGCCAGAAAUGUGCAGGCAGCUUUGCUCCUGCGCUUGCAAUGAAACAAAACGGAAAUCCACUUGAUUUUGCCAGCGUCUCCUCACUGCAGGAGGAAACCUCCAGAAGGGCCUGCUGGAUCCUACGUGGGUCAGGAUUGGCAGGGGAGGCUCUUUUGGAAACUGGUGGUGGGGAAGCGGGCAGAUUCUCUUCAUUGUUUUUAAUUUAACGUUACUUUUUCUUUCUUACUGUGUUCCUUGGUGAACUUGCCUUGUCUUGUGUGCCCCUUUGCGGGAGAGGCAGAGGGAGGGUGGGGCGCUGGUCAGACUUUAAAAUCUUGGAGGGAGGGCCAGGGUGGCAAGGGAACUGGGGGAGUUUUGGGAUGGAAGCUAUCUUUCCCCACCGUACCCUUGUCCUUAAAAAAAAAAAAAAUCAUCUCCUCUCCUUUUCCCUCUGAGCUGCCAAGAGCACCCCUUCCUUCCCUGCAGCCACAGAGCUUUUGCGCACUGUUGCCCCCCCGCUUCCUGGACGCAGGUGGUGAAUCCUGCUUCUGUUCCGCUUUCCUUGCUGAGAGAGAGGCCAGCCUCUGCGGCAGCUUCCCAGAGUUGUCAAGAGGGGCAGGAAGCUCGGCCCCUUUGUGUAACUUUCUGGAGAAAGGAAGAGUUGCUUUCAAGAUAAAAAGGUAGAGGAGAAAACUCCCAUGGUAUUCCCCCCCCCCCCCCCACGAUCCCUGUUUUCUUUUAGAAGGUAAGCAUGAAAAGAUAAAGAAGACACUUAAGAUUCAGCCACCUAGAUAACCAAAGGAUCGGAAUGAGGCGGGCCUUGGGAAACGAUCCCCAACUCUUCUCGGGGGCCGGGCGGUUGGAUAAAGCCACCUCCCUUGCCCUGAACGCCACGAGAGGCUGCGUCUUUGUGUUCUUUGCUCUUAGCUUGUUCUGGCAGCUGGGGAGAAGGGAAGGGGCGUUGCGGGCAUGGGAGCCCACUUUCCCCGGCCUGCCCUGAGAGCGCCCAGUGCCGGGGCCGCCUCUGCCUGGGUGUGGAGAGGCAGCCUGGGACUCCUUGGCCACGUGGACGGCUGCCUCUGGCCGCAGCCUUUCCGCCUUUCCCCACGCUGCUUGGCUCCCCUGCAGAGGAGAGUCUGGGGGCCUUUGCCUCAAUCUUGUCAUCAAGCUACGGCCUCUGGCUGCUGCUCUGCCUCUUUCCCCGGCCACAGCCCGAGGCCCUCCCUGGAGGCGGCUCUUCCCAGUUUCCCUUUCGGGGCAGCAGCCAGGGCAGCGGCAGGGUGGCUCUUCUGGGGCCGCCCCGCUUCCCUCUGCAGAAACCAGGCGCCCGGGGGCCCUGCCUGGCGUUGUUGAGUCCUGGCAAUGGAAUGAACCCUCCCUCCCCCCACCAAGAAAGGGAGAAAUGAGAGAAGCCCCUCCCUCGGUCUGCAGGGAGGCCUGGUCAGAGGUCUGGGGACAUUGGCUCGCAGAACCUCUGUGGAGGGGCAAACUUGGCAAUAGUUGACAUUGAGGGGGUGAUCAGCACAAUCUUUAACUUGGGCCUGUGUUUUGGGGGUGGGGGGUCAAGGCUUGUUAGAAGGGACAUCUUUAAAAUAGUGUGGGGGGCCUCCGCCCUGGCAGCCCAAGGCUGGCGGUCUUCUCAGGUGCUUCUCUUGGGGAGCUUCUCGGGGGGGGGGGGUGCAUUGGUCUGAGCCGUGGCUGGCCUAUCUGUUGACGAUGUCAGAGCAUUUUUUUUAUUUUUAUCGGUUUUGGAGCAAGGGGAAGUGCAUUGCCAUAAUAAACAUUUGUGAAAUCAGA